CCAGCAGGAGUUGAGGGGGCGAUGUGUGGCGGUGCUGGUUUCCACCCGGCGCCAUUUUAAAGAGGGGCUGUCGCAGCGGAGAGACUUCCGGCGCCUCUCAGAUCAUCAUUUGGAGGAUUCCAGCACGAGAUUUCUGGAGUUUGCUGUAUCCAGCCAUAAUGAGUUCCUCACUGGUUGCUUAUGAUGAUUCAGACCCUGAGGCAGAAACUGAAAAAGCUGAUGAUCUCAGUACCAGCAGACAAGCAAGCCUUCCGAGUUCUUCUGCAAAUCCUGUUCAGCGCUUUGCACCUGGUAUUUUGAGUACAAAAUCUACAUAUGAAACGCAGCUUACUGAGAACACUGGCAAUUUUGACUUGAGCAUUGUUUGUGAAGAUCCCCCUGAGCAUUAUGCACUGAGUAAUAACAGUGAUUUGACAUCUUAUUGUAGGAGAGCGUCCUCUAGUCCUACUGCAUUAUGUAUGUCCUACAAAAACUAUGAACAGACAUUGAGCUCUUCAAGAAACUCUGGAAAUGGUGCUUCCCAGAAGAGAACACAUGAAGAUAGUCCAACUGCCCCAAAAGGAAUCAGACCGUAUAUCCCUAAAAGGUUACGUCAAGAAAAUUCCAGUGCCUGUGAAAAAAAGGAGUCUGAUCAAAGCGGGAGCUCCAGUUGUGAUGUGAAGCUAGAUAUAUCAGGAGAGCAGACAGUGACAAAGAUAUCUGAAUUAAUUAAGCCAUAUUUAGGAUCCAGGUAUAAAUUAACUGAAGUUCCAAAAAGCUUAAUAUUUCAUAUGUCUAAACACAGCGGCCCUGUUAAUGCAAUCCAGUGGUGUACUGUACAAGAACAAAGUCAUAUGCUUCUCUCAGCUUCUAUGGAUAAAACAAUAAAGGUAUGGGAUGCUGUGGACACAGGUGGUUGUUUGAGGACGUUUUCCUGUCAUUCCUGCGCUGUCCGAGCUGCCCAGUGGUCAUCGUGUGGAAGAAGGAUCCUCAGUGGCGGCUUUGAUUCCAUGCUGCACCUAACAGAUGUGGAGACAGGGAGGCAAAUCAUCAGCAGUAAAAAUGAAUUUAGAAUCAGCACACUGAAGUUCCACCCUACAGAUUCGAAUGUUUUCAUUUGUGGAGGAUUCAGUCCAGAAGUUAAAGCAUGGGAUAUAAGGAUUUGUAAGGUGACAAGAGUGUACAAAGCUGCAGUACAACAGACUUUGGAUAUACUCUUUCUUCCUGAAGGAAAAGAAUUUCUUACAAGCACAGAUGCAGUAAGCCGAGACUCAGCAGAUCGUACCAUCAUUGCAUGGGAUUUCCAAAGUGCUGCAAAAAUUUCCAAUCAGAUUUUUCAUGAGCGCUACACUUGUCCAAGUCUGGCUCUGCACCCAAGAGAGUCUACAUUUGUUGCUCAGACAAAUGGGAACUAUAUGGCAUUGUUUUCCUCCCAGCGACCUUACCGAAUCAACAAAAAGAAGAGAUAUGAAGGGCAUAAGGUGGAAGGAUUUGCAGUGGGCUGUGAAUUUUCUCCGGAUGGAACACUUUUGGUGACAGGAAGUUCAGAUGGCAAAGUGUUUUUCUACAACUACCAUACUUCUAGGAUUGUUCGUACUUUGUCGGCACAUAGAGAAGCUUGUGUGAGUGCAGUAUUUCACCCAAUAUUGCCAUCACUCCUUGCGACUUCUGAUUGGGCUGGAGAAAUCAAGAUCUGGCAAUAACAAGCAAAAUAACUUUUCAUCCAUCAAAGAGCUUGGUAUUUCAGAGGGAAUAAACCAUGAUAUGCAAUGUGAUAUUUGUUGUGAUGUGUUGUAGGCAGCAGAGACUGUUAUCUUUUCUUCUUGGACCACUAGACAUAUGCUUUCAUAAUGCAGUUAAGAGGAUUCUGUGAUUAGCUGCUGAGCAAAUAAGUGUUCUCUCUCUCUCCCUCUCCCUCUCUCUUUCUCUCCUUGGGCCCUGGUGACGAAUUUCUGCCCUUUCUGUGCCAAUAUUCUGGUGUUUAUCUAGUCCAACCCUGGUGUGAGAAUCUAGACUUGAAGAGAAUUAUUGCCCUUCUUAUGUAGCUUUUAUUUUAGCUUUCUUAAACCAGAUUGUCACUGGCUUAGCUCCUUGCCCUGGUCACUCAUGCUGGUCAAGCAAUGCUAUAUUUCCUUGUUAUACAGCUCAAGGCAAAGCAGCAUCUUACAUGCAAGAGAGGGAAGAUCACAAGACAGAUGGGACUGACUUUUCUGGAAACAGGCAGAUAUUACCAGCCCAACUUCCUGUAAAAUGCUCUCUGUUUUAAGGGAAAAACUUGGAGCUAAUUAUGAAGUCUCUAAGUCUGUGCUCCUUGGAUUCCUAUGUUUAAGACUGAGUUUUGAACUGAAUUUUUAUAACUGUAUGUUAUUGAAACAAAACUAUAUGUAAGUAUAAAACUUUUUUUUAUACAA